ACUUUGGUGGGUGAAUGGAGGACACUUGCAAAACGUUACAAUUCGAUGUGCUUAUUAUCUUUAGGUUUAUCGUCAUAUGGUCGUAUCCUAUGCCCCUUGAUAGUAGCUCAUUGAAGGCAGAAAAUUGCAGGCUAUUUGAUAAGAAAUGCCAGGGAGGUGUAUCUGUGUGCAGUAUAAAAGUUGAGCGUAGUGACAGGUCGACCGAUGAUUCCUUUUUAUGUUCAUGAAAAAUGUAGUAGUCAGGGUAACACCCUUACAAACGGCAGUUAUUCCAGGUGCGAUCAAGGAUUUUUACAGGAUUCGUUUUUGUAUGUGAAAGACCAAGAGAGAGAGAGAGAGCUAGAGGGGGAGGGGGAGAGAGAGAGAGUGCAAUUCAUCCAGGGAGACCGAUUAAGCAACUUUGUUACCAGGCAUAGCUUUGUCCACCCCGGCACAACGCGCAAUGAAAAGAGAAAGGCAUUUGGCAGUUAUGGUUGAUCAGCAUUUCUUCUUUUUAUCCUCUUUGGUGCAUUAGUGAGGCAAAUGUGUUCAUAAUAAACAGGCGUCGUAGAACAUUAGUAAGUCGUACAAUGGAGCAUACGUUGUCAUACCUAACAAGGAACGUUCAUAUUUACCCGUGAGUGAGAUUACUUCGGCAGCACAACAGUGUGAGUUUAGCCGUCAACACAGGGAUAAUGCAUCACUGGAUUGCAAUCCUGUUGUUGGUGACUACAUCAGUGGGCAUCGUUGAGAUGUUUGACAAUUAUGGAGAGAUAUGUCGAAGAUUGUGUGCCUGUGAGGAGAAAGAGGGGAUACUGACUGUGGGCUGUGAAAGUAGAGGAAUAGUCGAUCUCUCUGAAGUUAGCCCUGUGUACUUCACAACAUAUAAUUUACUGCUCACGGGGAACCUUUUGAAGAGGCUCUCCACCAAUGACUUUGUUGAAUACAAUGGGCUUACAAUAUUGCAUCUGGGCAACAAUGACAUAUCCAUAGUUGAAUCAGGAGCUUUUAAUGGACUUCAAGGAUUAAAAAGAUUACAUCUCAACAAUAACAAAAUGGAUGCCUUGACGGAAGAUAUUUUCAUCGGUCUUGAAAGUCUGGAAUAUCUUCAGCUAGACUACAAUUCCAUCGCCCAUGUCGGGCCAAAAGCCUUCAGCAAACUGCAUCGUCUGGAGGUCCUGAUUUUAAAUGACAACAUCAUUUCUACUCUUCCCACUGACAUUUUCCAACAUGUCCCUUUGACUCACCUUGACCUGAGGGGGAAUCAACUGAAACUAUUCCCUUAUUUGGGUCUUUUGGAACACAUGGACAGCAUUAUGGAAUUACAACUAGAGGAGAACCCAUGGAACUGCUCUUGUGAGCUGAUUGCACUGAAGGCCUGGCUCGAGAGCAUAUCCUACACCGCUUUAGUGGGUGAUGUGGUCUGUGAGUUUCCAUUCCGGCUUCAUGGGAGAGAUCUUGAUGAAGUCUCUAAACAGGAACUGUGCCCCAGGAGAGCUAUUGCAGAGUAUGAGAUGCGUCCCCGGGCACAUCAGACCACCGAUGCAUACUUUAGGACCACACGAGCCUCAGUCACAGCCUCAUUCACAUCCCGGUCAAGGCCCACCAAGGGACCUCGCCAGUCAGGCAAGUUAAAGUCAAAACCCACAUCUCGCAUCCCCUCCAAUAAACCGCAAAACUAUGGUCAAAUAGUUUCAUAUCAAACCAAAUCCCCAAUGCCUUUGGACUGUCCUACUGCCUGUACUUGCAAUCUCCAAAUUUCAGACCUUGGUCUGAAUGUUAACUGCCAAGAGAGAAAGAUUGAGCGAAUCUCUGACUUAAAUCCCAAACCCUACAAUCCCAAAAAGAUGUAUCUCACAGGGAAUUUUAUCCCUGUGGUGCGGAGAUCAGAUUUCGUUGAAUUGAUUGGAUUAGAUUUGCUUCACCUUGGCAACAAUCGGAUCGCUCACAUCCAUGACAGAGCCUUUGGGGAUUUAACACACUUACGCAGGCUGUACUUGAAUGGGAAUUUGAUAGACCGUCUCACAGUCGAUAUGUUCUUUGGAUUAGAGAGUCUGCAGUUCCUAUAUUUAGAAUACAAUGUCAUUAGAGAAAUUGUUUCAGACUCCUUUCAGCAUGUCUCCAACCUUCAGCUGCUCUUCCUAAAUAAUAACCUCCUGAAGACCUUACCCCGGGGAAUCUUUAAUGGGUUGACAUUGGCCAGACUAAAUCUUCGUAAUAAUCACCUCCGCAGCCUGCCUGUCAGUGGCGUGUUGGGUCAACUGACAUCACUGGUGCAGGUAGACUUGUUCGAGAACCCCUGGGAUUGCGGCUGCUCCGUCAUGAAGAUGAAGAUGUGGCUGGAACAGCUCAGCAGCGGCACGGUUGUGGACAAUGUCAUCUGUGGCUCCCCUAAGAAGCUGUUCGGGGAGGAUAUGCGAUACAUUAAGACAACUCAUUUCUGCCUAAAUAACUCUGAUAUCCUUGCGUCCAUGAUCCCACCUUCGGAAGAAUCUGUUCCCGGGAGCACCAUCACCAUAGAAACAUCAUUAGAUUACGACACACAGAUCAACAGUGUUCCCCUGUCUGUUACGAUCCUUGCCCUGCUCCUGAUGUUCAUCGUUUCGGUGUUUGUCGCUGCGGGACUGUUUGCAGCUGUGAAGAAGAGACGUCAAAAGACACUAAAUGAGCAGAAUAACUCCAUGAACGCGUGCAUUAGUUCGCUGAACAUGGAGUACGGUCUUUACAAAAAGGGAUCCAUUCCAAAAGUCAGAACGUCUGCAGGGCAUGUGUAUGAGUACAUCCCCUCUCCCACUGAACAAACGUGCAAAAACACCGUCUGUAGCCCCACAGUGUAUCGGCCAAUGGAGAACAAAUCAGUAGAUGGGUACAGAGACUUUGAUCAGUUGAAUGUGACGUUUCUGAAUAAUCACUCGGAAGAAGAGGCGGGUAGUAACGCAAUAAGCGCUGAAUAUGGUGUUAGUACUCCACUCAACAAACACUCCCCUUUACAAGACGAUGUCCUAGACCCAGACGAGCCGUCACCCUACAGCAAUACUUUACCAUGCAGGCAUACUGCCCAUUCAUCAAAUCAGUAUAACUCAGACUUUAAUGUCAGACAUCAAUACAUGCACCCAGAAAGAAUACAGCAGACAAUAUUGUAUUGCACAGCACCGAGUGCUGUUUAUGUUGAACCUAACAUAAGUGAGUACUGGGAACUGAAAGCCAAGCUUCAUAGUGAUCCCGACUACCUUGAAGUUCUUGAGAAACGUACCACGUUCACCCAGUUUUGAAUGACUUGAUUUUCUUCCUUGACUGGUUGAGUAGUUGCAUUGGGGCAAUCUGUGCUCAUGUUGGAAAAAUGUGUGGAUCUAUCUUUUGAAACUAUACAGACAUGCAGAGGCUUCCCUUAACAGCGUAAAGCAAUAGGUAUUCCGUUAGCUUGUUUAUUCUUGAUCAAUUACAGUCUCGCUUUGAGAAACUUUAUUUUUUUUUUAAGUUAUCCAAUCUCUGUGCCAACAACUAUGUAAAUAUGCAGUUUUACGUAUGCUUGUUGCAAUUUUAAAAAUGAGAGGCUCAACUGGCUUCUGUAUGCAUCAUCAUCAUCAUCAGCUAUAUGGCUAAACAAUGCUUUUAAAAGAUAAAUGCAUCAUCUAUACUUCAUAACAGAUAUUUGGGGUGGUACAGUUUAUAAUUUUCAAUAAUUAUCUAUUUUUAUACAAGUAUUUGAGGAUGUAAUUCUUCUGUUUUUGUUUUUAUGACUUUGCACUGAUUGACAGGAACAGGUCAACAACGAAUAUGAUGUCACUUUCUGAUAGACUAUAUAUAUAUAUAUAUAUAGUCUGUCUAUGUAAUAUGUAAAUAACCAUGGCCGUAUAGCUGUAUGUAAAAAUUUUGCAGGUAUGUAACUACUGUAUUGUGAAGAAGUUAUAAGACAUUUGCCAUUAUACCUACAAUAUAGCCACUUCUUUUUCCAGUUUGGAGGCAAUCCUCAAUUUCCCUAUUUUUUUAUUUUUUAUCUUUAGAGAUAUGAAAUAAUUAUUCACAAUAGGGGAGAGUGGGGUAAGUUAAGCCAUUUUUUACAUUCAGCAUCACUCUAACAAAGAUAUCUAUAUAUAUAUUCAGGAUGUUUUGUAUCCCUGGAAAUAAUACAAAUUCAUGUAAACAUUACAGUUUUGAAAGCAUAGCUUGUACAAAAAAAGUGGUCUCUUUUAGCAAAACUUACCCCAAGUAUGGGGAAAGUUCAGCCACGGGACAGGAUAAAUUAACACGCCUACUGAAUUAAAUAUUGCCACCACCUUUUUAAAGCCAUGUCUGUCUUCAUUUCCCAAACACAAUUCAUCACAAUCGCUUUUUGUCUUUUAAUUAUUUUAAGCUUCUUUUAACACAGGCUUAACACCUAAAAAAACGCUUUGUACUUGUUAAAACACUUAACAUCGGGCAGCCCCUGCUGUUACUUCAUGUCCCAGCAAUAAUGUCUUGCAUUAUGCCUAGGAAUAAAACACUUUAAUUUGCUCAACUUGCCAUUGGCUCAACUUACCCCAUGGCCAUUGGCUCAACUUACCCCAUGGCCAUUGGCUCAACUUACCCCAUGGCCAUUGGCUCAACUUACCCCAUGGCCAUUGGCUCAACUUACCCCAUGGCCAUUGGCUCAACUUACCCCAUGGCCAUUGGCUCAACUUACCCCAUGGCCAUUGGCUCAACUUACCCCAUGGCCAUUGGCUCAACUUACCCCAUGGCCAUUGGCUCAACUUACCCCAUGGCCAUUGGCUCAACUUACCCCAUGGCCAUUGGCUCAACAUACCCCAUGGCCAUUGGCUCAACUUACCCCAUGGCCAUUGGCUCAACUUACCCCAUGGCCAUUGGCUCAACUUACCCCAUGGCCAUUGGCUCAACUUACCCCAUGGCCAUUGGCUCAACUUACCCCAUGGCCAUUGGCUCAACUUACCCCAUGGCCAUUGGCUCAACUUACCCCAUGGCCAUUGGCUCAACUUACCCCAUGGCCAUUGGCUCAACUUACCCCAUGGCCAUUGGCUCAACUUACCCCAAGGCAAACAUUUAGACUAUAUUAGCCCACACAGCUACAAGGAUGCACUUUCAUGCUAGGUUUAUUGUUGUUCACCACUUUUUCCAAUGUGGUUUCUUCCUUCAGAGACUCCAUGAAAUGAUGACCUCUUCCUAAAUAUUUGGUCAAAUUAUUCACUUUGUGUAUUGUUUCCUACAAACAAGGGUGGCUCAAAUUACACAUUUGGCCUAAUUUACCCCACUCUCCCCUAUCAUUGUCAACAAAUAAACUGAAAUACAUGUAUCCCUCAUAUCGCUAGACAUAGCUCUAUAUAAAAUGCAUUCGGAUGCAAAAUAACUUUUGGUGAAUGUCAAACAUGUUUGAUCACUUAAAUAUAUUUUUGGGGUAUUACUGUCGAAUCUAAAUUUGAAUUAAUUGUUAGACAUAUUUUUUUAGUUAUGGUCCAAGCUAGGGUUGCAAAAUUCCAGUAACUUUCCCAAACAUCCUGGUUGGAGUAUUCCAGAUUUCCUGCGUCUUCCUGGAAUAUUUUUGCCAGGAUUUCUGGAAAACCUGUGAAUUUUGGGGAAAGUAACACAAUUUUGCAACCCUACACCUCUCAUUUGACAUUUUAGUAAUUUAACAGACACUCUUAUCCACAGCAACUAGGGUUAACUGCCUUGCUCAAUGGCACAUUGGCAGAUUUUUUCAGCUAGUCGACAAGGGGAUUCAAACCAGCAACCUGACUGUGGUCUAUUACGUUAUGAUGUCUAUUCAAAGUGUUGAAAAAUAAUUGUGUAAAGAUUAGUAAAUGUAAUGAAAUUGACCAUUCUCAAAUCAAAUCAUCUAACAUGCUUUGUAAAACAGCAGCAGUCGUAGACUAACAGUGAAAUGCUUACCUACGGGCACUACUCAAAAAAUGCAGAGAGAAAAAUAAUAGAAACAUAAUAGCACAAGGAAUAAAUACAGAUUGAGGAAUGAUACCUUGUACGCUGAGUGUACAAAACAUUUAGGAACACCUUCUCUUUCCAUGACAUAGACUGACCAGGUGAAAGCGUUGAUCCCUUAUUGAUGUCACUUGUUAAAUCCACUUCAAUCAUUGUAGAUGAAGGGGAGGAGACAGGUUAAAGAUGGAUUUUUAAGUCUUGAGACAAUUGAGACAUGGAUUGUUUAUGUGUGCCAUUCGGAGGGUGAAUGGACAAGACAAAAUAUAUAAGUGCCUUUGAAUGGGUGCCAGGUGCCAAGUGCACCGGUUUGAGCGUGACAAUAACUCAAACCUGAUGGAUUUUUCACGCUCAACCGUUUCCCGUUUGUAUAAGGAAUGGUCCACAUAACUUUUUUUAAAACUAGGCAAGUCAGUUAAGAACAAAUUAUCAUUUACGAUGACAGCCUACCCCAGACAUCGCUGGGCCAAUUGUGCGCCACCCUAUGGGACUCCCAAUCAUGGCCAGAUGUGAUUCAGCCUGGAUUUGAACCAGGGCCUGUAGUGUUGCCACUUGCAGGGCCUUAGACCGCUGCGCCACUCGGGAACCCCAACUUCACACAACUGUGGGAAGCAUUGGAGUCAACAUGGCCCAGCAUCCCUGUGGAACGCUUUCGACACCUUGUAGAGUACAUGCCUUGUCGAAUUAAAGCUGUUCUGAGGGCAAAAAUGAGGGGUGCAACUCAAUAUUAGGAAGGUGUUGCUAAUGUUUUCUAUACUCAGUGUAUACACAGGGUGUCAGUACCGACUCGGUGUGCAGGGGGUACGGCAAGUGCCUCUGCACAUCUAACAAGUAAUAUCCAACAGUUUCACAACAUAUACACGUAAAUCGAAGUAAGGAUUAAUAAUAAAUACAUAUAAUCAGAGCAGCAUUGGACUAAGAUACAGUAUAUACAGUUUACAUACAACUUUACCAAAUACAUUGUUUUUCACAAUUCCUGACAUUUAAUCAGAGUAAAAAUUCCCUGUUUUAGGUGAGUUAGGAUCACCACUUUAUUUUAAGAAUGUGAAAUCUCAGAAUAAUAGUAGAGAAAAUUAUUUCUUUCAGCUUUUAUUUAUUUCAUCACAUUCCCAGUGGGUCAGAAGUUUACAUACACUCAAUUAGUAUUUGAAUUAGUAUUUAGUAUUGUCCAUUUGAAAGACCCAUUUGCGACCAAGCUUUAACUUACUGACUGAUGUCUUGAGAUGUUGCUUCAAUAUAGCCACAUCAUUUUCCUCCCUCAUGAUUCCAUCUAUUUUGUGAAGUGCACCAGUCCCUCCUGCAGCGAAGUGCCCCGACAACAUGAUGCUGCCACCCCAGUCUGUCUUUUUUAUGUCGGUUUUGGAGCAGUGGUUUCUUCCUUGCUGAGCGGCCUUUCAGGUUAUAUAUAGGACUUGUUUUACUGUGGAUAUAGAUACUUUUGUACCUGUUUCCUCCUUCAUCUUCACAAGGUCCUUUGCUGUUGUUCUGGGAUUGAUUUACACUUUUCGCACCAAAGUAUGUUUAUCUCUAGGAGACAGAGUGCGUCUCCUUCCUGAGUGGUAUGAUGGCUGCGUGGUCCCAUGGUGUUUAUACUUGCGUACUAUUCUUUGUACAGAUGAGCGUGGUACCUUCCCACCUUUGGAAAUUGCUCCCAAGGAUGAACCAGACUUGUGGAGAUCUACAAUUUUUCUGAGGUCUUGGCAGAUUUAUUUUUAUUUUCCCAUGAUGUCAAGCAAAGAGACACUGAGUUUGAAGGUAGGCCUUGAAAUACAUCCACAGGUACACCUCCAUUUGACUCAAAUGAUGUCAAAUAGCCUAACAGAAUCUUCUAAAGCCAUGACAUAAUUUUCUGGAAUUUUCCAAGCUGUUUAAAGACACAGUCAACUUAGUGUAUGUAAACUUCUGACACACUGGAAUUGUGAUACAGUGAAUUAUAAGUGAAAUAAUCAGUCAGUAAACAAUUGUUGGAAAAAUGACUUGUGUCAUGCACAAAGUAGAUGUCCUAACCGACUUGCCAAAACUAUAGUUUGUUAACAAGAAAUUUGUGGAAUGGUUGAAAAUGGUUUAGUUUUAAUGACUCCAACCUAAGUGUAUGUUAACUUCCGCCUUCAACUGUAGAUAUGAGAUGGGUGAUGCAAUAUUUACAUUAAGAUACCGUAGAAUAGUAUAGAGUACAGUUUAAACAUAUGAGAUGAGUAAUGCAAUAUAUGGAGACAUUAUUAAAGUGGCUAGUGAUUCCUAAUCUAUGUCUAUAGGCAGCAGCCUCUGAUGUGCUUUAGAUGGCUGUUUAACAUUCAGUGUCGUAGUAUAGAAUACAAUACAGUAUAUACAGAUAUGUACAUAUAGGUAGCGGUAAAGUGACUAGGUAACAGGGUAAAUAAUCAGCAAUAGCAGCAGCGUAUGAGUCAAGAGUGAAAGGGGGUUCAAUGCAGAUAGUCCCGGGUAACCCGUUGAGUCCCGCUGUCGCGCCGGUGUGAUUUAGGACUUCUAACCCCUUUUGAACAUUGUGUGUUUGAGCUACAGAAUUCUGGGUAGUAUUUUUUUUCCUGUUCAUUAUUCUGCAUCCGUUCGGGGCUGAGCUAGAGCGGUGUUGAUGAGACAAGGGCGAAUCCCAAAAGAUGUGUCCUUAUCACAUGCACAUGUAACAUGUUUUGCUCUAUGAUGCUCACAAGCUACACGAGGUGUUAGAAGGUCAGGGGUUUCUUCUACAUAGAAGACCAUAGGAAAUACCAGGACAUAGUGUCUAUGAAACUGUAAGGGGUUUCUUCUACACAGAAGACCAUAGGAAAUACCAGGACAUAGUGUCUAUGAUACUGUAAGGGGUUUCUUCUACAUAGUAGACCAUAGGAAAUACCAGGACAUAGUGUCUAUUAUACUGUAAGGGGUUCCUUCUACACAGAAGACCAUAGGAAAUACCAGGACAUAGUGUCUAUAACACUGCAAUACAAUAAAACUCAUGAAUGCAGCCGUUUAUGUCAAAUUGUUUUGUGUUCUACUUGUGGCCCUGGUUGUCCUGAAAAGAAAAUGGUAAACCACUUCAUUGUGAGACUAAAUACUGUGCAAGGGCUGGACAUGCAGAUAUAUGAAAGUCAGAUAAAUGAAAAACUGAUUUUGUCUGGGGUCUCAGGAUUGGUUGGGUUAACUAUUUAGCAAUAUUAUGGCUAAGGGGGUAGAAGCUGUUCAGAGUCCUGUUGGUUCCAGCCUUGGUGCAUCGGUACCGCUUGCCAUGCGGUAGUAGAGAGAACAGUCUAUGACUUGGGUGGCAAUUUUUAGGGCCUUCCUCUGACACCGCCUGGUAUAGAGGACCCUGAUGGCAUAGAGCUCAGCCGUACGCACUACCCUCUGUAGUGCCUUGCCAUUGGAUGUCAAGCAGUUGCUACACCAAGAAUGAAUGCAGCCAGUCAAGAUUGCUCUCGAUGGUGCAGCUGUAGAACUUUUUGGGGAUCUGGGAAACCAUGCCAAAUCUUUUCAGCCUCCUGAGGGGGAAGAGGUGUUGUCGUGCCUUCGUCACAACUGUGUUGGUGUGCGUGGAUAAUGUGUUCGCCUCUCCGUUUCCUCUAGUCCACGAUCAGCUCCUGUGUCUUGCUGACAUUGAGGGAGAGGCUGUUGUCCUGGCACCGCAAUGCCAGGUCUCUCACUUCCUCCUAUAGGCUGUCUCAUUGUCAUUAGUGAUCAGGCCUACCACUGUCAUGUCGACAGUAAACUUAAUGAAGGAGUCGUGCGUGGCCAAGCAGUCGUGGGUGAACAGAGAGUAUAGGAGGGGACUAUGCACACACCUCUGAGGAGCACCCGUGUUGAGUGUCAGCGUGACAGAUGGGUUGUUACCUACCCUCACCACCUGGGGGCGGCCUGUCACGAUGCCUAGAAUCCAGUUGCAGAGGGAGGUGUUCAGCCCCAGGGCCCUGAGCUUAGUGAUGAGCUUGGAGGGUACUAUAGUGUUGAACACUGAGCUGUAGUCAAUGAACAGCAUUCUUACUUUUAUUUUAAAAUGUAACCUUCCUUUAACUUGGCAAGUCAGUUAAGAACAAAAUCUUAUUUACAAUGAUGGCCUCCACCGGUAUAAACCCAGGUCAGUUGUGUGUGAUACAGCCUGGAUUCAAACCAGGGUGUCUGUAGUGAUGCCUCUUGCACUGAGAUGCAAUGCCUUAGACUGCUGCACCACUCAGGAGCCCAAAGUGUUCUUUUUAUCGAGGUGGGAGAGGGCAGUAUGGAGUGCAAUAGAGAUUGCCUCAUCUGUGAUUCUGUUGUGGCGGUAUGUGGAUUGGAGUGGGUCCAGGGUGUCUAGAAUGAUGGUGUUGAUGUGAGCCAUGAUCAGCCUUUCAAAGCACUUCAUGGCUGCCGAUGUGAGUGCUACGGGGCGAUAGUCAUUUAGACAGGUUACCUUAUUGGGCAGAGGGACUAUGGUUGUCUGUUUGAAACGUUGGUAUUACAGACAGGGUCAGGAAGAGGUUGAAAAUGUCAGUGAAAACACUUGCUAGUUGAUCAGCGCAUGGACUGAGUACACCACCUGGUAAUCCAUCUGGAUCCGUUGCCAUGUGUUGGUCAUAAUGGAGAAGAACAGAGAAUCUAAAAUUCUAGUUCCAGAAUGCUAUGUUGGUCAUAAUGGAGAAGAACAGAGAAUCUGAAAUUCUAGUUCCAGAAUGCUAUGUUGGUCAUAAUGGAGAAGAACAGAGAAUCUGAAAUUCUAGUUCCAGAAUACUAUGUUGUGUUGCUGGCCUUUCUUAAAGCUUGUGAUGGGAUAACGUCAGAUAAUGCUCAGUCUGUGCUGAAAGGCAGUCUGGACUUCAGAAAUAAUGCAUACUAAUCAAUUUCUGGGCCAAUUGGGUUAGUUGAAAAAGCUGCCUUUUCAGCAGAUUUAUUGGGGGGGGGAUAACAAAACAAAAAAUUGAAAAAGCACAAAGAAGAAACUCUAUAAUGCAUUUGCACGGUAUUAACAUGUUCAUGUGUGUCCUGUCCAUCUUACUUUUCCGUAUUGACAUAUGAGGUUGAAGUUAGACAUGUGUUUUGAUUCCUGUAUGCAUGUUGUUGUAUCUGUUAUCGCACUGUGGCAUUUUUCUUGUUUUUGUUUGAAAUCAUAUGCCAAGAGUUCAAUUAAUAAGUCACAUGAUUUACUGUCAUUCCUGUCCCACUUGCUCCUUGACUUGUAUUGAUUUAACAUGUCCAUAUAGAGUGAGCCUAUACAUUGUAUGUAUCAAAAGCAAAUAGCCAAUAAAUGCCACACACAAUGUUUUUGUGUCACAUUCAAGUAUAUCAAAGCAGUUGUAUCAACUCAAUGUGACUCAUGCAACCAGUUUGUACGAAGUACACAUCAUUGAUGUUUUUUUCUGAGGGUUUUCUUAAGUUUUCUUAAAUCUUAAAUGUUUUGUAAAUUAGGUCCAGCGAGUGUUCUACUUAAGUACUUUUUUUUAUUUUUAUGACUAGUUCCUUUUUAGUUUUCAUAUGUGAGUGAUUUGAUGAAUUAUACAUUACGACUUCAACUUUGUAAAUAGAAUGUGCUAGUUGCAUCUCCUGCUUCAGUGAGAGCCGGGCUUUUAUUGUGGAAACACGCUGGAUGAGAGGAAAUGCAACUUGGAAAUAAGAUUUGAGCUCAGAGAUAAAUGUAUCUUAAAUAGUGAUGUUUCUCCUAUUGUUAGCCAAUUAAUAAAAUAUGUGCAUUAA